CUGUAUCUGAUUAGACAUUCAUCUCACAUUGACUUUCACACGCGUCGUCACUCAGCUGAUUCGGCAGGUUUUAUGCGGACUCCCAGAAGUCACCGCGCACCACUCUCUUGCUACCCCAGUUCCACUGGCGUCGCGAACAUGGCGGACGUGGAGACACCGCGGGAAGAGGGAGAGCAAGUGGCAGAGAAGACCCUGCUAAACGGGGAAGCCGCUGAGAAGGAUGAGGCAGAUCCCAGCGAAGAGACAGCAAAGAAGAGGAGGAAAAAGAAAAAGAAGAGCAAGUCUGCAGCCCCCGCAGGACACACGGAGGUGGAUGGUGACAGUGUGUGCGAUGUGAGCAAACAGCUGGAGCAGCAGACUCUGGAAGAGAAAGAGGGGGAUGAUGACGGAGGAGAAGAAGAUGGAGAGGAGGGAGAGAACUCAGCUGGGAAGAAGAAGAAGAAGAAGAAAAAGAAGAAAGCAGGACCCAAAGUGCAGACUGCCCCCCCCUCGGUGCCUAUCUGUGACCUUUACCCCAGCGGGGUGUUUCCACUGGGGCAGGAGUGUGAAUACCCCCCCUCUCAGGAUGGUCGCAGCGCAGCCUGGCGUGGCACUAGCGAGGAGAAGCGUGCGAUGGAUAAGGCCAACGAGGAGAUGUGGAGCGACUACAGACAGGCGGCCGAGGCCCACAGACAGGUCCGACAGUACGUCAGGAGCUGGGUCCGACCGGGGAUGACCAUGAUAGACAUCUGUGAGCGUCUGGAGGGCUGUUCUCGGGUGCUGAUAAAGGAGGAUGGUCUGAAUGCAGGGCUGGCCUUCCCCACGGGCUGCUCUCUGAACAACUGUGCCGCUCACUACACCCCAAACGCAGGCGACCCUACUGUCCUGCAGUACGACGACGUGUGUAAGAUCGACUUUGGCACACACAUCAACGGACGGAUCAUUGACUGUGCCUUCACCGUUACCUUCAACCCAAAGUAUGACAGACUACUGGAGGCUGUGCGAGACGCCACCGAUACUGGCAUCAAGAUUGCAGGGAUAGAUGUGCGUCUCUGUGAUGUUGGCGAGUCUAUACAGGAAGUGAUGGAAUCCUAUGAGGUGGAGAUUGAUGGCAAAACUUAUCAAGUGAAGCCAAUCAGGAAUCUGAACGGUCACUCUAUCGGACAGUACCGGAUCCACGCCGGAAAGACGGUCCCGAUCGUUAAAGGAGGAGAGGCCACAAGGAUGGAGGAGAAUGAGGUGUAUGCCAUCGAGACGUUCGGGAGCACAGGGAAGGGUGUGGUACACGAUGACAUGGAGUGCUCGCAUUACAUGAAGAACUUCGAUGUGGGACACGUCCCCAUAAGGCUACCUCGUGCCAAGCAUUUGCUGAAUGUGAUCAACGAGAACUUUGGCACGCUGGCCUUCUGUCGCCGCUGGUUGGACCGGCUGGGCGAGAGCAAGUACCUGAUGGCGCUGAAGAACCUGUGUGACCUGGGCAUCAUCGACCCGUACCCGCCGCUCUGUGACGCCAAGGGGAGCGUCACAGCCCAGUUCGAGCACACCAUCCUCCUCCGGCCCACCUGCAAGGAGGUGGUGAGCAGGGGAGACGACUACUGACACACACAGACAAACGCACAGACACACAUACGCGCACACACACACAUACACGCACACACACACAUACGCGCACACACACUCUGCUAUUCAGGGAGGAAAAAGUGGUGUUAGCGAACAAAAGAUUCACCCUCUCCAUAUGAGGCUUGGACACACACAUAGACAAUUACACACACAUAGACAAUUACACACACAUUACACACUCAUAGACAAUUACGCACACAUAGACAAUUACACACACACUUACCCUCCUCUGCUCCAUCAAUAAUGCAGGAAGGAGUGGUGUUAGCAACCACCAGAUCCACACUACACACUUCACUUGACUACACACACACACACACACACACACACACACACACACACACACAAAGGGCCACAUCCUGACCCCAUAGAUGACAUGGGUGGAAUGGAUGUUUUGAAUCCCAGCGAUGCGUGUAAGCAUCAGCACGUACUGUAAAACUCUCAUCUAUGCGAAUCUAAAAUUAAACCUAAACCUAACAGUCAUUUAAAGGAAAAUAAUGCAAACCCAGCUACCAUCCUUCACUGCUUGCUUUAGCCUGAGGGCGACAGGCAGCCAGCCACGCUAAUGGAGUUACACUGUGGCUGUCUGUUUCAUAACCUUGAUCCACACUGGGGCCUAGAACCAUUCAGGAUAGAGGCAAUGCUGUGGGCUGAUUGGACAGAAAGUGGUCACAUGGCUUUCAUGCUUUUAAGGAAACUGACCCUCCCCAGCGGCAGCUGAGGUCUGGCGUGAUUCUGGUUUGAUUCGGGUCCAGAACCUCCUCGGAGUUUGCUGCUCGCUGGCAAGGGUCGUAAGAAUGUUGGGGAGGGCAGGCACCUUGACUACCUUCAUCACACCCUCACGUCCACCCUCUACCCAGAAUGCCCCCUGCCCUUUCAGAUACUCUCGCGCGCCAUUUCAGAAGUAUUUAUAAUAUCAGAUGAUAUUUUUCUUAUAAUAUCGGAUGAUAUUUCUAUAUCAGAUAAUGUAAACUGCUGCCUCAGUAUGUAGAAUUUCAUUUUGAAACCCUGAAAUGUUUUGUAAAAAAGAAUUAUCAAUAAAUAUAUAAUUGAAUUCUG